AUCAACUAAGAAGAUUUACUUCAGAUAAUUUUCAUUAAAAUAAACGUAAUAAUUCAAUUAUUUUUCAACGAUGGUGAUCUAACUUUCAGUACCACCUCUUUACUUGACCCCCCCCAUUGACAGUAACACGCACUACUGUGAGUGGACAGGAACGAACAGCGGGAAAAAGAAAACGCUCUUUAUAGAGGAAGUAAAUGGGAAAAUCGACAUUGAUUUGCAGUUUUUCUUUAUGAAACGGAUAAACUGGGGAAGAAAUAAUACCUGAGAAGCUUAAAACCUCGAUUUUCUUUCUUUUUUUGGCUAUUUGAUGAUGGAAACAAGCUUGAAAUUGAAACCCAUCGGUUUCAAAAAUCUCCGAUUUUUGUUCUUUUCGUUGCUGAUCUCUCUUCAGAUUCAUCUUCUUGUUGCGGUUCCUCAAGAUUCCGUUGUUGUUUCAGGUCACGAAAACAACUUCAGUAGAGAACCAAAAAUGUCGAGGAAAUUGUCAUUCUCAGUUAAUGUAGUAGGCAAACAUGAUACCACAGCUAUAGAAAGAAUUGCUGCCAACGGCGGCGACAAAGGAGGACAACAUGGCGUCACAGUCGAUGCUGGUGGUCGAAAGACAAAGUUAUCCAAUAAGCGUGGUGGAGCGCUAAUCCCCGUGUAUACAGCCGGUGCAGUGAACAGUAAUCGUCGUCAUCGUCAACAAACUCAACACCACAGUGGGACUAGUAGUGAUACCAUUAAUCGCAUUGCCUCGAGUCGUUUGGUUUUAGUCAUCUUCACGUCUUUCUGCUUUGUGUAUACGUAAAGGUGGGUGAUAUGUUGUAAGCUUGGUGCUUAAUGUAGUUGGUUUAAAUACGUAAUAUGUUCAAGUGAAUUAUAGUAUCUUGUAAUCUCUUACCUUAUUGAGCUUUUGACCUUCUUUCUUUAAAACUUUUUUGGGUGCAGAGGGUAAUAUAAUUGAUAUACGAAA